UUUAAACUAUGUGCGAAAAUAUGAUUAAUUAAUUGAAAAUAUUAAACUAUAUACAUAUCUCAGUCUUGGACACUGAUGAUAGGGAAGAGGCACAAAUAGAGAUGAUUUCUCAGUAGAACGAGUCAUAACUCAUACAAGGGGCCGACGGUCUAUUUCCCCACGAGAAGUAUUGUAUCGAACCAGAUAGAUCUCGUUCUUUACCCUCGGUCUAUUUGUCCCCGAAAUAAAAUUUCGAAAGCUAUAUUCCCCCGAUCCAAAGUUCGAAAGCUAUAUCUCCCCAAUUCUGGAUUAUAUUGGUUUACCGUCUAAACUUGAGACCAAACCAGAUAUGUCCCGAAUGUAAACCAGAUGUUGAACCAGUUUGAUGCACAAACUUAGAUUAAACCAAACCCGACCCGAUUUCGACCCGUUUAUCUUCGAUUUCACUAUCCAUUAUCCCCAAAAUCCCUAAAACUAAAAAUCCCCAAAUUUGCGAAGAACCCUAGAUCGAAACCCAAUUCUUUGCUUAGAUUUCUUUGGGAAAACAGCUUCAAUGGCGAUUGUCCUUUCAGAUGCUGACUUUGGAGGAGAUUUCGAUGAAGAAGCACAUGACAGAGAUGAAUUUCACAUCGACCAGUUGGUGAAUGAGUUCGUCGAUGAACCACCAGUCCGCCAUGAUGUGUAUCCGGAGAGUGAUACCGAUGAAAACGGUGACGGUACAGAGCCAGUUCAUACACAUAUCAGGCGCGGUGAUGGGCAUUUGUACGAUAAGCAGACAUUCUUCAGUGGAGUUGCUUUCAAAGAAGCAGUGACGGACUAUGUUCUCAGAACUGGAAACAAUCUGAAGCAAUACAGGUAUGAUAAAGAUAAAAUUGGCUUUAUGUGUGUUGGUUGUAAUGGAGAUGAUGGUUCACGGUGUGAGUGGAAGGUGUAUGCCGCAAUUCUGCCAAGUGAUAAGAUGUGGAGGAUUGGAAAGUUUAAUGAUAAGCAUAGUUGUAUCCCUAAUGGAGAAUGUGAGAUGUUCAAGGUUCCACAUAUAGCUAGGUUGUUUCUUGAUAAGAUUAGAGAUAAUCCUGAGUACUUCAUGCCAAUGAAAAUGGAAGAAAUCAUAAAGGAAAGGUGGAAGAUUAGUGUCACUAGGCAUCAAUGUCAGGCCGCUAGAAAGAAGGCACUAAUUUGGAUUGAUAAGGAGUAUGAUGAACAGUUUGCUAGAUUAAGAGAUUAUGCUGCUGAGAUAUUAGAAUCUAACAAGGAUUCACAUGUAGAGGUUGAAUGUGUGACGACUGAUGAUGGGAAAGACAUGUUCAAUAGGUUCUAUGUUUGUUUUGACAACAUAAGAAGAACAUGGAAAGAGACUUGUAGGCCUCUAAUAGGAAUUGAUGGUUGCUUCCUAAAGAAUAAGGUGAAGGGACAGCUUUUGGUAGCUUUAGGUAGGGAUGCAAACAAUGGUAUUUAUCCAAUAGCAUGGGGGUGGUUAAAGUUGAAAACACAGACAAUUGGGUUUGGUUUAUGAAGUUGCUAAAGACUGACCUUGGAUUGAAUGAUGGUGAUGGCUUUAUACUGAUUUCUG